GUGUGUGUGUGUGUGUGUGUGUGUGUGUGUGUGUGUGUGCGCAUGUCCUUGUCAGAGGGAAGCGAAGCAAAGACACACAGACAUGAAUCAGCUCCUGAAAGUUCCACUUCUGGCCAGCAGGGCCUUCAGCAGCUCCGCCAGGCAGCUGAGGAACAAAGUCCCAGAGUUCCAGAAGAUCUUCCAGGAGGACAACGGGUUGCCGGUUCACAUCAAAGGAGGAACCUUUGACGUCCUGCUGUACCGGGCGACCAUGACGCUAACUCUAGGAGGGACCUGCUACUCUGUGUACUGGCUGCUCUUCGCUUCGAUGCCUCAGAGGAAAGCGUGAGAACGGGCUCGGUGUAUCGCCUGGAGAACAACGCUCGGCUGCGUCUAACUCGUGUUCGUCGUGGACACGUAUAUUUUAGAUUGUUUCACAAGCCGGCCUGCUGUCACCACGGCAACCAUGAGGAAGUAAAGUGUCAAGAAAUUAAAACACCUGUUUUCA